AACUUUGUUAAUGGUGUUGUAAUAGAGGGAGGAGUUCAAUUUGAUACUAUCACAAGACAUGUUGAAGAACAUCUGAAAAGUUCAAUCAAAAGGAAAAUGAAGAAUGUUCAGAACAUUGAGAUACAGACAGGUGAUGUGAAGAGCCACUUAUGGGUCUUCAUAAAUGCGGACUAUCCCUUUUUUUAUGGUGAACCACAGUUGCAAGAUAAUGCAAAAGUUUACAUUGAUCCUGCUCUCAGAAAUGCUAAGUUCGAGGAGUUUCUCACUCAAGUGGCACAUUCUUUUAUCUUUAAAGAAAUAUUUAGAUGUGCUUUAAAGGAGACACUUGCAUGGGCACUUAAAGAAGAGGAUGAAAGCAUUGAAGCAAAUCCAAUGAAGUUUGAGGAUGCAACUCGUGUUGGUGGAGUGGACUCCCACAAAUGCACUUUGAUUAUUACCGAAGGAGACUCAGCAAAAGCUCUAGCUAGGUAUCCUAGCCUUCUAAACUUGUUUGAAGUUAGGCCCACAGUCAUGCCUACAUAG